CCGUCUCUGCUGCUGACGGUGCUUCCAGCGACCACCCUCUCCUCACUGGGUCCGACCCCUCACCCUGACAGCCCUGCCGCGGCUGCAGGCACUGAUACUCGUUAUAGCGCCACCCGUUAUAGUGACCCUGACGGCCGUCGCAGCAAGAAUAGCGACAUUGGGAAGGGGUUUACGGGCAAUGGCGGCGCCGGUGGGCAGGGGUUUGAGCUGCCGAACCUGCCGUCCAGGUUCGAUGCAUCUGCGGCAUGGCGGCAGAUGCAGCAGCGCACGGCUGACUCAUGCUGGAGCCAACAGGAACGGCACCUGUACCACACGGCGAACCCGUCCCCUCCGUCAGCAGCGUUCAGAGCCGCAGUGGAGGAGUUUGAAGCGAUGCAGAGGGAGCGUGUGGGGUUGCGAGGAGUGGACAGCUGGCAAUGGGUCAAAGACAAGGCCACGUGGAACGAAACAAUUCCUCGAUAUGGCCGUGAGAGGAAGCAAUGCCGCUACAUUGCCAUUCAAGAAAUAAACAGAGGUGUGGGCAACAGGAUAACAUCGUACGUCAUCUCAUUUGUGUUGGGUCUCCUCACCCACCGGGCCAUCAUCGCGCCACCAAGCGCCUUCCUCACCCGCCGCUUCUGCAACCCCUUCGCCCACGCCAACGCCUCCUGGACCGUCGGGCCCAUCACAGAGAGGCUCUUGCUGUCAACAGUGCUGCAGCAGCCGAAGCUGCACAUGAGUGUAUUGACCAGACAGCUGUACUGGCGGGGCAAUGGGGCAUCGGGGAAUAUGAGGAGGCGCGUGCAAGAGGAUGGCACCAUUUGGCUGGACCUGAGCCACAGGGUGCGAUCGGAGUUCUGCGGGCUCUUGUGGGGCAUCAUGGGUGCGGCACGCUUCUGGUUCACCAACAUCGAUGCAUACUUCCUGCCCUCCCUCUACUACGUCCCCCCCUUUGCUGCACGGCUGAACGAGCUCUUUCCAGAUGGGCGUGUGUUCACGCACGUGGCACGCUACCUGCUGCACCCAGACAACCAGCUGUGGGACGAAAUCACUGCCGUCUUUCAUGCUAAACUCGCCCACUUCCCACACCGCCUCGGCAUUCAGAUUCGGUCUCCUGAUGCAAUCGAUCUGCCGGUGGCUCAUCGUGUGCUGGACUGCGCUAUCAACAUCUCACACUACCUGCCCCCCACCGCCCCACGUGCCCCAGAUGCCCCAUGGGCGCCAAGCAGUGAGUCCCCAUACGAGAAGAUGGGGGUGUUUGUGUCGUCGCUCAGCAUCCGUCAUUGGAUGGACAUGCAGCAGCACUACCUGCACCGCCACGUGCUCGGCACCACUCUCGUUGACUUCUGGACUCUGACAAAUGAGAAGGCAGAGAAUCGGCGGGAGGAGCAGAUGGUGUCAGCGGUCCUGGACAUGUGGCUACUGAGCUUCUGCGACCGCCUGCUCAUAACGCACCAGUCAUCGUUCGGCAGCACAGCAGCGGGGCUGGCGGGCAUUGAUGGCUUCUCCAUGGCCGUCACCGUCGUGCACAACCUGCACAUCGACUGGCGCAACAUGUCCGGCCCCACGUGCCACCCCAUCUCCUCCGAGCCCUGUGACCCCCUGGGCGGCCCUGUCUAUUGG